AUGAGACUUGCACACCUCCACCUCCCACACACCACGCCCUUCGCGCGAGUGUCCAGUCUCCAACAAGCCCUCACAAGCCGCUUCCUCACACACAAAAAGCUCACCUCCCCGGCCUCGAUAUUGUCGCAAACAGAUCUCAAAUCAAAUCUGCCAGGGCACGCACACCUACCGGCCCCCGAUCCCACCAUCAUCACAUUCACCCCCAACCCAGUCUACACAACCGGUCGCCGCGACCUCCCACCGUCCAACACCUGCCCCAACUCGCCAACAAAUCACCUCUCACUCCCACCGCCCCUUGAGCCCAUCCGCUCUAUUCUAACAUCCUCCGGCACCGAUGCGCCAAGGGCGGAGUACCACCCCACCCUCCGCGGUGGCCAAACCACAUACCACGGCCCGGGCCAAAUGGUCGCGUAUACAAUCCUUGACCUUCGCCGUCUAGGCCUCACGCCCCGGUGCCACAUCCGCGUGCUUGAAAACAGUGUCAUAGACGUGCUGGAUAGAUAUGGCGUGAAAGGAUUCACCACCGCUGAUCCGGGAGUCUGGGUUCAGGACCCGGCUUCUUCUGCAGAUGCGGAGGCGAAGAAGAUUACAGCCGUGGGGGUUCAUUUACGUCGGAAUAUCAGUAGCUUUGGAAUUGGGUUGAAUGUUACGCAAGAGCCAAUGUGGUUUUUUAAACAGAUUGUAGCAUGCGGGCUGGAGGGGAAGGAAGUGACGAGCUUGGAGGGUGUUGGGGUUCAUGGCGUUGGUGUUGAUGAGGUCGCUAAUGAAUUUGUGGAGAAGUUUGUUGAGCGGGUUAAUCGGGAUUUUGCUUGUGGGCAGGGCACUGGAGAGAAGAUUGAUGAAAUUUAUCGAGUUCAGGAGGAGGAUUUAUUAAAAUUGGUGUAG